ACCCUGUAUACUACUAUAUGACAACCUCGUAUGAUUAUUCCUCCACCGUCCCCUUUGCUCAAAUCACAUCCAUCUCUCUCUCUCUCAUGGAUGCCAAUCAAUUUUCAGGCCAACAAACCCAGACACCAAUUCCAGGUUUUGAUCCUUCUCCUCAAAAACCCAAAAGGAAUAAGUAUGCUUUUGGUUGUGCCAUUUUAGCCUCCAUGACUUCCAUCUUAUUGGGUUAUGAUGUUGGGGUGAUGAGUGGGGCCGGACAAUUCAUCCAGGACGAUCUCAAAAUCUCCGACGUCCAGCUGGAAAUCGUCAUGGGAAUCAUCGAGCUCUACUCCCUCCUCGGCGCUUACGCCGCCGGCCGGACCUCCGACUGGGUGGGCCGCCGGUACACGAUAGUGAUCGCGGCCGCAAUCUUCUUCGUCGGAGCCCUCCUCAUGGGCUUCGCCACCAACUACGCCUUCCUGAUGGUGGGCCGGUUCGUCGCCGGCGUCGGAGUCGGUUACGCCCUCCUUAUUGCCCCCGUUUACACGGCCGAGCUUGCCCCGGCCGCCUCGCGUGGGUUUCUCACCUCUUUUCCUGAAGUAUUCAUCAACACUGGUGUGUUGCUUGGAUACGUAUCAAACUAUGCAUUCUCGAAGUUUCCGCUAAACCUAGGAUGGCGAUUCAUGCUCGGAAUCGGAGCCAUUCCGUCCGUCUUCUUGGCAAUGGGGGUCCUCGCGAUGCCCGAGUCACCCCGGUGGCUCGUUCUUCAGGGUCGACUCGGGGACGCGAAGCGAGUUUUGGACAAGACUUCCAAUUCAGAAGAGGAGGCUCAGCUUCGGCUCGCCGAUAUAAAGGAAGCAGCCGGAAUCCCCGAGGAGUGCAACGACGAUGUCGUUCAAGUGCCGAAGCGCAGCCACGGCGAAGGAGUCUGGAAGGAGCUGUUUCUCCAUCCGACCCCAACCGUGAAGCAUAUUUUGAUAGCCGGAGUGGGAAUUCACUUUUUCCAACAAUCUUCUGGCAUAGACGCCGUCGUUUUGUAUAGCCCCAAAAUAUUCGAGAAAGCAGGUAUAACAAGCAAAUCCGGCAAAUUGCUUGCCACAGUGGCCGUAGGAUUUUCGAAGACCGUAUUCAUUCUCGUCGCCACGUUCUUACUGGAUCGGAUCGGGCGAAGACCGCUGCUGUUAAGCAGCGUUGGUGGCAUGAUCGUGUCCCUCGCGACUCUAGGCACGUGUUUAACAAUCAUAGAUCACUCGGAGAAGAAAGUUAUAUGGGCUGUUGCUCUGGCCAUCGCAUCUGUGCUAUCGUUCGUGGCAUCGUUCUCGAUGGGGCUGGGCCCCAUAGCGUGGGUCUACAGCUCGGAGAUCUUCCCGUUGAGGCUGCGCGCCCAAGGAACGAGCAUGGGAACGGCUAUGAACCGUCUGAUGAGUGGAGUCAUAUCGAUGAGUUUCAUCUCUCUUUACAAGGCAAUCACAAUCGGUGGGGCUUUCUUUCUCUUCAUGGGAGUGGCAAUCGUGAGUUGGGUUUUCUUCUACACUCUGCUCCCGGAAACACAAGGGAGAACCCUUGAGGAAAUGCAGGUCUUGUUUGGUACGUUCUUUAAGUGGAGGUCGACAAUGCGAGAAUUGGAGAAGAACAAGCAUGUUAGUAACGGAGACGGUACUGGUAACAAUGGUGGUCAAGUUCAGUUGGGCACUACCAAUGGCUAGAGGAGUUUUCUGAGGGAUAGUUUCGGUAAUGCAUGUGUUUUCCUUCUUACGCGAUUGACGAUCGGCAUGCAUAGACUAGUAUCUACUUCCAUAGAUAGUACUUGUUUCAGUUUGAAAAGACAGCAAUAGAUAGUCUACACCCGCCGUUCAUAUUUUACCAAUCCUGCCACCGCUCUCAAUAUCGCCGGACUAUUGAUCGCCGAGGCGGAUGGUGAGAUGUUGAUCGGUGGAUUUUGAGUAGUAAAACUGAGCAGUGGAUGUGGCACCACUAAAGGAAAAAAAAAAAAAAAGGAAAAAGGAAAUAGAAUUUCAUUGAUAUUUACCCCAGAAAAAAGUAAUGGAUGUAAGAGGGGAAAAGAAUUAGUAGAUGACAGAGAAAAGAAUGAAAAUGUUACUUUUCCUUGUUUGAUAAA